AUGGCUGCUGCAGUUGCCUCCAAGCUGGACAUACUCAAGGCGAAUGAGGGUCUGCUGGACGCCGAGGAGCACCUGUUUUCGGGGUGGCCGGAGCCUGGCAAGGACGACGACAACAAGCGCCGUCUCCUCUCUCAGCUGCGGCAGCUGGACUCCAGCUAUGCCGGUGGCCUCCUGAAGUACAUUUCGAAUGCCAAGAAGCUGUUGAAGGACUCCAAGGAAGGGUCCAACCCCUUUGAGGGCUGCGUCCCUUCUGUCCCGGAAGGGAAGAAGCUGGAUUUCGGCAGCGAUGCCUUCAUCGAGCUCGAGAACGCAGGGAUUGCCGCUGCGGCAGACACCGCCUUUGUGCUGGUGGCCGGGGGCCUCGGUGAGCGGCUGGGCUACUCUGGCAUCAAGCUGGCCCUGCCCGCUCUGAAUGGCAACAGGCGCCAACUACCUCUGGCCAUCAUGACCAGCGACGACACCCACGCCCGCACCGAGGCCCUGCUGCGCUCCCACGCUUUCUUCGGCGCAGACCCCGCCCAGGUCACCCUGGUGAAGCAGGAGAAGGUGGCCUGUCUGGCCGACAACGACGCGCGCCUGGCCCUGACCCCGGGCGACGCCUGGGCCGUGCAGACCAAGCCGCACGGCCACGGUGACGUGCACAUGCUGCUGCACUCCUCUGGCCUGGCGGCGCGCUGGCGCGACGCCGGCCUGCGCUGGGCGGUCUUCUUUCAGGACACCAAUGCGCUGGUCUUCCGCGCCAUCCCCGCCGCACUGGGGGUCAGCGCCGCGCGCGCCUUCGACUUCAACUCCCUGGCCGUGCCGCGCCGCGCCAAGGAGGCCAUCGGUGCCAUCACCAAGCUGGCCUACCCAGACGGCACCUCCCGGACCCUCAACGUCGAGUACAACCAGCUGGACCCGCUGCUGCGCGCGGCGUAUGACCCGGAGGGGGACACCAAUGAUGACACCGGGUUCUCGCCCUUCCCAGGCAACAUCAACCAGCUCAUUGUGAGCCUGGACUCGUACUGCGAGGAGCUGCAGAAGAAGGGCGGCGUGAUCGGGGAGUUUGUCAACCCCAAGUACGCCGAUGCCGGCCGCACCAGCUUCAAGAGCAGCACGCGCCUGGAGUGCAUGAUGCAGGACUUCCCUAAGGACCUCCCCUCCACCGCCAGGGUGGGGUACACCUCCAUCAACCAGGUCUGGGCCGCCUACUCCCCCGUCAAGAACUCGCCAGCGGAUGCGGCAGCCAAGGCGGCGGGGGGCAACCCCUCGCACUCCGCCACGACCGGAGAGCUGGAUUACUACAAGGCCAACUGCAAGAUGUUGGAGCAUGUGGGAGCGUGUAUCGCCGGCCCUUCCAGCGCCUCCUUCAACGGUCUCGAGGAUCUGGAGUUCUGGCCCCGCGUCGUCUGGCCACCUGCUUGGGCCAUCGGAUUCGACCAGCUGAAGGCACGACUGCCAAAGCCCUCUGCCAUCAGCCUGGGACAGGACACAGUGCUGAUCGUAUCUGAACCCAACGCCAGCCUGGAGUCUUUGACUCUGGAGCGGGGUGCUGUCGAAGUAGCAGGGCAAGGGCCCAUCGUCGCAGGGACCGUGUCCAACGAUGGCUGGACCUGGGAGCCGCUGGAUGAGGAUAAGGGCGCUCCCGAGGAGGAAGUCAUCAGGGGUUUCCAUGUCGUCCGUCACGCCAUCGAGACGCUGAAGUGA